AGAAGGGAGAGAGUGGCAUUGCGCGCUGGCCUACAGGUGUGUCACUGUCUUCGUCUCCAUUCGGACAUUCUUUCACUUGGUGGUCGUGUUUGUUGUACUGUAGGUGUUACAGACGCUCGCUCGUGCAGUCGUCACCAUGGCUCCCGGCCACCCCGGAGGACUGACGAAGGACGCCCCGGACAUCGAGAAUGUGCUGGCGCUCAACCCUCGCAUUCCCCGCCAUGCCACGCUGCAGCCCUCGUCUGUCACCAAAACAAACAAGAUGCACUGGAAGAGGAACAAACCCAAGAAUUGCGCGACUCACUGCUCCCUGGAGAACAACUUCGACGACAUCAAGCACACAACCCUGAGCGAGCGCGGCGCCCUGAAGGAAGCAGCCCGCUGCCUCAAGUGUGCAGACGCACCGUGUCAGAAGUCCUGCCCCACACAGCUGGACAUCAAGCAGUUCAUCUCCUGCAUCGCUAACAAGGUAACCCCCGCAGGGAGUCAGCUUGAUCUGGCCUCACACCAGACAGCAGCUCACUCUUCACGGCUAAGCAGCCACACGUGUGGUGGCCAAGGUGUGAGCUUCCUUGGUGGUGGUGGUGGGGCUGGCGGUGGCAGUGUGUUUAGAUGUUUCCCGCAGAUCUUCCGGCAGAUGAAUAUCCGCCAAGUGCUUCCCCCUGAUGUGCCGGAGAACCUUCCUGAAAGUUACCAGGCCAAGAUUGCUCUCAUUGGAUGUGGUCCGGCUUCCAUAUCCUGUGCAACAUUCUUGGGCCGCCUUGGAUACCGCAACAUCCACGUUUACGAGAAGAAUGACUUUGUGGGCGGCCUCAGCUCUUCAGAAAUCCCGCAAUACCGUCUGCCCUAUGAAGUGGUCAAGUUCGAGGUGGAUCAGAUGAAGGACUUGGGUGUGCAGGUGUUCACUGGGCGGAAGCUCUCCAUGUCUGACAUCACAGUACAGGGGCUGCAGAAGGAGGGCUAUGAAGCUAUCUUUAUGGGCAUUGGUCUACCACAGCCCAAGAAAAUAGGCAUCUUUGCUGACUUGGACACCAGCAUGGGCUUCUAUACAAGCAAGGACUUUUUGCCUCUGGUCACAGCUGUUAGCAAGACAGGUAUGUGUCAGUGCAAGUCUCAGCUACCUGAAGUGAAGGGAGUGGUGCUGGUGUUGGGUGCUGGAGACACCGCCUUUGACUGCGCCACGUCUGCCCUUCGCUGCGGCGCCAGACGAGUCUUUGUUGUCUUUAGGAAAGGCUUCACAAACAUCCGGGCUGUUCCAGAAGAGAUGGAGCUUGCAAAGAAGGAGAUGUGCGAGUUUCUUCCCUUUCUUUCACCCCGUAAAGUGCUGACAAAGAACGGCCGUGUGUCUGGUAUGGAAUUCGUCAGGACAGAGCAAGCAGAGGAUGGCACUUGGCUGGAGGACGAGGACCAGACCGUGCGGCUCAAGUGUGACUAUAUUAUAUCUGCUUUUGGCUCAGGACUCUCUGAUAAGGAUGUCCAAGAAGCCCUUGCCCCUGUCAAGCUCAAUCGCUGGGGCCUGCCAGAGGUGGAUCCCAACACCAUGGCCACUCUCACACAGGGAGUGUUCUGUGGUGGCGACGUCGCUGGUGUUGCAGAGACCACUGUGGAAAGUGUCAAUGAUGGCAAGACUGCAGCCUGGAGUAUACACAAAUACUUACAGUCUCUUCAUGGCAUGUUUGUGCCAGAAAAACCUUGUCUGCCGAAAUUUUACACUCCCAUAGAUGAAGUGGAUCUCUCCAUCAACAUCUGUGGCAUCAAGUUUCCUAACCCCUUCGGCCUGGCCUCUGCUCCGCCCACCACCUCCGGCCCCAUGAUUCGCCGUGCCUUUGAGGCCGGCUGGGGUUUCUGCGUCACCAAGACUUUUGUUUUAGACAAGGACAUAGUGACCAAUGUGUCUCCUCGUAUAGUGAGAGGAACCACUUCGGGCCACCUAUAUGGCCCUGGCCAAGGCUCCUUCCUCAACAUUGAACUCAUCUCAGAGAAAACAUGUGCCUAUUGGCUCCAGAUUGUCACAGAAAUCAAACAAGACUUUAUGAUUGGUGCAGAAAGUCUUACCGUUCAUCGCAAUGGUGUUGCAUCUGUGUCUUCAGGCCAUCCACUUCCUGUGUCAGGCGAGACAUCUGCUCCAUCAGCAUCUGCAUGGCUGCCAUCAGAUGUUCCUGGUCUGGCUCAGGGCUGGCAGUCUUCAGAUGUGACUUGCUCUCUGAAGCAGGGGGAGCAGGGGCCAUCCCUGAGAGGCUCCGGGGCUGUCGUGUGGGGGGGGGUAUCCAUCCUCAGUGUGGGUGCAGCAGCAGUUGCACAUUGCCCUGUGGCCUUGUCCUUUUCGUGGAGGCACAGGGGCACUGUAGCAGUGCGCUGCGGCAAAGGUGGAAACACGGCAGGUGUGGUUGAAGUGCCAGCGGUGGGGCAGGAAGGCUGGGACAGUAUGGGGGCCAGCACAGUACCUGCAGCGAGGGGCAGACUGGCAGCGCCACUCCUUGUGUCCCCAGCGACUGCAGUGCCGGCACAGAUUAGGUUCAGGUGUGUACCGCUCCACACGCUGACGUCCAAGGCCCAGGAGAUGCACCUCACUGGGCACCUUACCUGUCACCACUCCCAACAGUUGGGGCCUUGGCAUCUGCCCCACCAUCCUCCUCUUCAGCCCAUGGAAUCCAGCUGGUACCUCUAUCAGGCUGACAUUGACGUGGGUCGCCACUCCAUGGAUGAUAACAGAGAUGCAGAGCUAGUACUUAAUAUCUGUCGAUGGGUGAGAGCUGCUACAAAGAUUCCCUUCUUCGCUAAACUCACUCCUAAUGUCACCAACAUUGUUUCCAUUGCCAAAGCUGCAAAGCAAGGAGGAGCUGACGGAGUGACAGCUACCAACACAGUGUCUGGCCUGAUGGGGCUGAGGUCGGAUGGGUCAGCAUGGCCCUCCAUCGGCAAGGAGAAGAGGACCACCUAUGGAGGAGUUUCAGGUAAUGCCAUCCGACCCAUUGCUCUGCGUGCCGUUACUGCCAUUGGUCGAGCCUUGCCAGGCUUCCCAAUUUUGGCUACGGGUGGGAUAGAUUCCGCAGAUGCAGGACUGCAAUUCCUCUUGGGUGGUGCCUCAGCCCUUCAGGUUUGCAGCUCAGUGCAGAACCAAGAUUUUACCGUGAUUGAAGACUACCUGAUGGGGCUCAAGGCUCUCCUCUAUCUCAGGACCUUGAAGUCCAAGAAAGACUGGAUGGGACAGUCUCCCCCAACACCAAAACACCAGCUUGGAAAGUCUGUGGUGCAGCUCAGUGAUGUGGUGGGAGAGAGCUUACCCAAUUUUGGCCCAUACAAAGAGGAGAAAGAGAAGAGGAUAGCCAACCACAAGAUCAACCACGGUUUGCCACAGACACAACUUCAACCACGUUUGACAGAGAACCCUGAAGGUGAUAUCCCAAGCUUGGAAGAUUUGGUGGGUCUAGCACUGCCCAUGGUGGGUGCUUAUGGAGAGCUGGACAAUAAGCAACAAAAGGUGGCACUCAUUGAUGAGGACAUGUGUAUCAAUUGUGGUAAGUGCUACAUGACCUGCAAUGAUUCUGGGUACCAAGCUAUCCUCUUUGAUCCCAAGACUCACCUAACCAAGGUUACAGAUGACUGUACUGGCUGCACCUUGUGUGUAUCUGUGUGCCCAAUCAUCGACUGCAUCCAGAUGGUGGAGCGCACAACACCCUACAUACCAAAGCGAGGCAUCCCUCUGAAUAAGGGUGUGGUGCCGCGCAUUGCAGCUGUGGCGCCUCCUGAUUUGUCUGUAGCCUGAAGAUGGAGGAGACAACCACCUUCUAAGGCCAGCCUUGUCCGUAAAGGCCUAGAGAUGGGAACAGAGAAGAAACACUAAUUCAUAUGAUGUUAGUCACAGUAAAUAUUGUCUCAAAGUAUUAGCUGGUCAUCUCUAUUUUCUAAUAUUUUUCCUACUCUAAUUGUAACCUUUCAUAUGGUACAUAUUUAGUAAUAGAAAUUUAUUUGAUUACUAUCUGCUAAUGGUAGUAACUGUUAUCCAUGAAAAUAAAAGUGUAUUAUUUGAUGCUUCUUCAAAGUUUAAUGAUGAUCUGUAGAAAAUUUAACUGCUUCCAUUCACAGCUGUGAUCAUAAGCCUUGAAACCAGUGACAAUAUACAGAGCUGGGUGUUAUGGCAUGGAGUUGCGACUUUGCAACUUUGCCGCAACUUUAAACAGGAGCAGACAUUUUUUUUUUUUUUUUUUUUUUUU